AUGUCUUUAAUACAAUCCUCUGCCUUCGAAUCACGAACGACAACAACCACUGUUUCGCUGUCCACCCUCUCUGACUGGUCGAAACAACACAUACAUGAUGUCUUUGAAGCACCUAACGAUGACAUGUGCCUUCGCGCCAUCGAGUCGACAUUCGCAAAGAACUUGAAAGCUACGAUAAAUGGCGCGCCUCUUGAUCGCGAGAGCAUCAAGCAAUUGGUGCUAGCCAUGCGACGAGGUUCAUCCACCGGCUUGAAGGUCCACUGGCAUCAGGCCGUCCCUGCACCCGGAGACCCGACGACAAAUAGAGACGGAUCUUUUUGGGGAGUGUACGUUAUCAGUGGCAUACAGAAGCAAUUGCCAGGCAUGAGCAAACCUGCCGAGUUUGAACGACAUAAGACAGUUACAGUCAGGAUCGAAUCCUUGUCUUCUGACCCAUACGUCGACAGCCGAAGGAUCGUUAACCUCACUUUCGUUGCGAACGACGUUAGGGUGGACCGCCAAGCGACACUCUGA